AUGCCCGUGUGGCGCCGUGCCGGAGCGGGCGCGUUGCAAGGGUCGCUUUCAGCUUUAAGGCGCGAGGUCCGCUCCCGUCCCGCGGCGCGUGUGCACCGGUGGUGGCAGGCGACGGAGAUACCUCUGGUCAGGCCAGCUCUUCUGCUGCGGCAGGGUGCCUUUGUGCAUGUUCAGGCUGCAGAAGCUGUGACUGUGCCAAUAAAGGACCGUUUCCCCACGAGAGAAGAGCAGAUUCUGGCGCUGCAAACCACAGGCGAGUUUGAUGUCCUUGUUAUCGGCGGAGGAGCAACAGGAUGUGGCUGCGCUUUAGAUGCUGUCACUAGAGGACUAAAAACAGCCCUUCUAGAAAGAGAUGAUUUCUCAUCGGGGACCAGCAGCAGGAGCACUAAAUUGAUCCAUGGUGGAGUGAGAUAUCUUCAGAAGGCCAUCAUGAAGUUGGAUUUUGAGCAGUACAGGAUGGUGAAAGAAGCCCUCGAGGAGCGUGCGAAUCUGCUUGAAAUCGCCCCUCACCUCUCGGCUCCUUUGCCGAUAAUGCUGCCUGUUUACAAGUGGUGGCAGUUGCCGUACUACUGGUUUGGAAUAAAGCUGUACGACAUCGUGGCCGGAAGUCAGUGUCUGAAAAGCAGUUACGUCCUUAGCAAGGCACGAGCCUUGGAGCUCUUUCCGAUGCUGCGCAAAGACGAGCUUGUUGGAGCUAUUGUCUACUACGACGGACAGCACAACGACGCACGGAUGAACCUCGCCAUCGCCCUCACUGCUGCCAGGUACGGC